AGUAUAAUGACGUUGUGUAUAUUUCCAUUUUUAUGUAUGAGCUUUUAUUGUCACAGAUGAUUAUAUUUACACAUUGCUGCAGCUUUGGCUGCUAAAUUAACACUUUGAUCACCAAAACAAUAUUUGAAUGCCAUGUCCACAACCCUUACCACGAAAGUAAAUUGAACCAAGUUGAACACAAAACAAAAAUAGAAAGCAAAGAGUAAGCUGCUAUGGACAUAAUAUGUAUUAUUUGGAGACUCAUAUUUUCACGUUGCUUUAACUUUGAGGUUUUUUUUACUCAAAGUUGUAGAUUUCUCAAAUGUAUAACACAAAUGUAUAACAUGAGGGAGGUUAGUAUGUAUAAUUGCAUGUGUUUUCAGCAUGGGGUGACCACGGCCACAAGAAGAUGUUCAUGCCAGACUGGCGUCAGUGGAAGGUGCAGGGAACGCCACUGGAGUUUACGCAGAAGAGACUGGCCGCCAGGGGCCUCAAGGAUCCAUGGGCCCGCAACGAGGCGUGGAGAUACUCGGGCGGCUUCGCCCGCGCCGUGACUCUCUCUGAUGUGCUGCUGAAAGGAUUCAAGUGGGGCUUUGUCGCCUUUACCGCCGCUCUGGCUGUCGAGUACGUCAUGUUCCCACCCAAGAAGGGCGGCCACUAAUGCUCUUGUUCUCCCCAGAGUCUGGAGUCUAAUAAUAUUCUGUAUUUCCUGUUCAUUAAAUGUUGUUGUGAUCACUC